UUGGACGAUCAGUUGGUCAACCAGUUGGUCGAUCAGUUGGUCGAUCAGUUGGUCGACCAGUUGGACGACCAGUUGGACGAUCAGUUGGACGAUCAGUUGGUCGACCAGUUGGACGAUCAGUUGGACGAUCAGUUGGUCGACCAGUUGGACGAUCAGUUGGUCGACCAGUUGGACGAUCAGUUGGUCGAUCAGUUGGACGAUCAGUUGGUCGAUCAGUUGGUCGAUCAGUUGGUCGACCAGUUGGACGAUCAGUUGGUCGACCAGUUGGACGAUCAGUUGGUCAACCAGUUGGACGAUCAGUUGGUCGAUCAGUUGGACGAUCAGUUGGUCGAUCAGUUGGUCGAUCAGUUGGUCGAUCAGUUGGACGAUCAGUUGGUCGACCAGUUGGACGAUCAUAAAUGCUUAUAA